AUGACUAUUGAGGUAGGGCUGUUAGUUAAAGAAGAAAUUGAAAGACUGCUUAAAGCAAGGUUUAUAUGGACUGCCAGGUAUGUUGAGUGGCUAUCAAAUGUGGUUCCUGUCAUGAAAAAGAAUGGCAAAUUGAGAGUCUGCAUAAAUUUCAGGAACUUGAAUAUUGCAACUCCCAAAGAUGAGUACCCAAUGCCUGUGGCCGAUCUGUUGGUUGAUUCAAUAGCCAAACAUAAAAUCUUAUCUUUCAUGGAUGGACAUGUCGGGAUAAUCAAAUAUUUAUUAGCCCAGAAGACACCCACAAAACAGCUUUCAGAAGUCUAUAUAGAUGAUGUGACCAUCAAGUCAAAAAGUUUUGAUAAACAUUUAGACCACCUUCGACAGACUUUUCAAAGGAUGAGGUCUUAUAAGUUGAAAAUGAACCCUAUGAAGUGUGCAUUUCGAGUGUCUGCUGGAAAUUUUUUAGGCUUCCUGGUUCGUCAAAAGGGUGUUGAAGUGGACACAAAUAAGGCCAAAGCUAUACUAACAGCACCACCGCCAGCUAACAAAAAAGAAAUGCAGAGUUUUCUAGGGAAGGCUGUUAAAGGCCAAGCUUUGGCUGAUUUUUUAGCUGAGCACCCUAGAUCUUCCGUUGAUGAGGAUUUGUUUGAAGUAAACUAUGCAGAAAAUACCCCCUGGAGGCUAAUGUUUGACGGCUCUAAAACAAAAGAAGGUGUUGGAGCUGGUGUUGUGUUCGUAGCACCUAGUGGCCAAGUUCAUCAGCUUUCAUACCAAUUAGAUGAACAGUUCAUCACAUCUAAUAAUCAAGGUGAACAUGAAGCCUUGAUCAUAGGUCUAGAAUUGGCCAUAAAACUCAGAAUUACUAGCCUGCAAGUAUUUGGGGAUUCACAACUGGUCAUUAAGCAAAUUAAAGGGGAGCAUAGGUGUGCUAACAAAGCCCUAGAAGAAUAUCUAGCUAAGGUCAAAUGGUUGAUAAGUUGUUCAGCCAUGUUAGUUUUCAGCAUAUGUUUUGAAUAG